UUGAUUAAAAAACUAGUAUGUGGCUUUAUUUUCAGUAGAAAGAUGUGUUUUAGCUGAAUAACUUGCCCGCACCGACCGACGAAAAAAGCGUAAGCCGGCGGGAAAUCAGGCGCUUAAAGGCGGCGGAGAUUUUAGUUUUGACUUGAGCUGGUUGGUCGUCGAGGAAUGUGUAUGUGAUGGGAGAAAACUUGUUUAAGAUCGGAGUUUAUUUUCUCACCUGCUGCGUUGCUUACUCAGCGAUCGCGGAUGGCGCGGUGCCUACUUCUAAUUCGGAUUAUGACGUCACAGAAAGAAGCAGAGUAGAAAAUUUGAAUCUCGUCGAUCGCGAGUUUGGAAAAUCGAGAAUUGGUAAACAAAAAUUUCAAGCGAAGUUGUCAAGAAUUUCUGCCAAUAGCCACUCACUGGGUUUGAUUCGAAACUUUACAACCCCGAUCCGUACAUCAAGAAGGUCAGAGUUAAAAAACUCCAUGUUGAGUAUCGAACCGUGUGGCGCAUGCCUGUGGGAGGAUUGUCCAUCGGUUGACGCAAUGAAACGACAUUGUCCUGUCGGGGUUGUUCGUGAUAAUUGCCAUUGUUGCGUCACAUGUGCUACAGGUUUGCGGCGGCCUUGUAAUUUGACACCUGGGGGUCUACUGCCACCAUGCGGCACUGACUUACGCUGUGUGCAGAUACAAGAAUCAACUGACUUAAACAUUGGUGAAUGUGUUUGUACGCAAGAUGUCGCUGUUUGCGCCACCGGAAAUCGAACUUUUGAGAACCUAUGUCACUUCCGGGAAGUCGCCAACCGGUUGCGUGGGGCAAACGUGAUAACAAUUGUUCACCCUGGACCUUGUCGUACUGUUCCCAAAAUAAAGUUUCCACCAAAUGACGUCAUUGUUGCUCCUGGAGAGAUUGCGUCAUACAGAUGUGAGGUCACCGGGUUUCCCCUUCCAGAAGUACGAUGGAAGAGAAAGCUGACGUCAUCAAGCGAUGACGUAGAAGAUUCUUUGCCGGGUUUCAACUCCAAUAUUAUAACACAGAUAAGAGGCGGGCCAGACAGACACCAGUUGACCACGUGGUUGACUGUGGAUGGUGUGACAUCAUACGACGCUGGAAGUUACGUUUGCGAAGCUUCCAAUGACGUAGGCAUCGUGAAAAGUGAAGCAGUUUUGACUAUUACCUGAAUUACAGGGAUUUUUUGAACAUCUACUGCACCUGGUUCGAAGUUUACCUCAGGUUCAAGAUUGAAGAAAAAGUAAACUAAGCUGGUGCACCCAGAGACCCAGAAUCAUAUAAUUAAUUUAUUUUAUGCAUAACGUGCAAAAAUACGUUUUAAGAAAACGAUUAAUUCUAAUUCGUACAUAUUACUUAUUUUUGUUCAAACAAAAAAAAACAUUUUUUUCUUGCAUCUAUUUUUGACACCAAGCGCUUAAACUUGAAUGGUAUGACGUAUUUGUGUCAUAAAACUUCUUCUUCAUUUAUCUUUAUUACAACUUUGAAAACGAGUAACAAAAUCAAAUAUUUUACGAAAUGAAAAGUAGUCCUACUCCCCCCAAAAGCACAACUAUGUGAUCUCUAUGAUUGAUUCAAAAUUUUAAAGUAAAAUUGCGACAAUUUAAAGUCUUGGCUUUCAAAAGUUCUUGCGGAAAGAGUAGUAAUUGCUGUAACCCAAAGGACAUAACUGAUGUAAAGACCUUGGAAUAUUGUUGUAUUGUCAGGCGCACAUGUCAUUUUGUUUACAA